CCGCUGUUGUUACUGUUCUUGAAUCCAGAACCGGAGCGGGACAUGGGGCUGGAGGACGAGCGAAAGAUGCUAACCGGGGCCGGAGAUCCUAAGGAGGAGGAAGAGGAGGAGGAACUAGUGGAUCCCCUAACAACAGUGAGAGAGCAAUGUGAGCAGAUAGAGAAAUGUGUAAAGGCCCGGGAGCGACUCGAGCUCUGUGAUGAACGUGUAUCAUCCCGGUCGCAGACAGAGGAGGAUUGCACAGAGGAGCUCUUUGACUUCCUUCAUGCAAGGGACCACUGCGUGGCCCACAAACUCUUUAAUGGCUUGAAAUAA